AUGGCUGCCGGGGAGCCGGGAGACUUGGGCGGCUACUACUUCAGGUUCCUGCCUCAGAAGACUUUCCAGUUUCUGAGCGCCCAGGAGACCACCAGCCGGCUCCGCCAGUGGUCCAUGCUGGGACGAAUCAAGGCGCAGGCGUUCGGGUUUGACGAGACCUUUCAGGCCUAUCGGAAGGAUGAUUUCGUUAUG